AGAAUCUGUCGCUUCACUUGCUGGCACCGCCGGUUUUCUUGGGCAACAGCACGGCCUGGAUAUUGGGUUUUGAAUUCUCUUUCCUUUCGAUAUUUCGUCCUCUUUUGGGAUGUAUAUAUUCUGUGUUUCCGAAUUGCUUCCCGAAAUUCCAGUCAUUGCUGCCAUCAUCAUCCCUGCCAAUGUUCUUUUCCAAAGAACAAGCCAAUUCUUCUCUCAUAACUCUGUAAAUCCCUUUUACUCCACUGUAAUACUGAUAUAUCUGACUUAAGCUUCUCCUCCUAUGGAAUAUACAGGCGUGUUGCGACCUGCUGAGUCACUCCAGCAUUUGCUGUGCCUUACCGGGCAGAGGGAGCCGCUUCUGAUUGGUAGACUAGUGAAUUCGACAUUUUUGAUUUGUUCCUUCCGAUAUCAAAUCAAAGGAUUGAUGAGCGAAUCUUUACCUGAAUCAACCAAUGACAAUGCUCUAUGUUCACAUCCCUCAUUAACAUACUGAUAUGGGAGUUGUCUAUUUAAUCCGCGCUCCGAGGGGAUUUUGUUCAUUUCACCGUCUGGAACCGACUGCUGAAAUGCCCGAGGCGCAGAAAUCCGCUCCCAAGAAGGGCGCCAAGAAAGCUUUGCCCAAACCAUCGGGCAAGUCCGGCAAGAAACGCAGGAGGGUGAGGAAGGAGAGUUACUCCAUCUACAUCUACAAAGUGAUGAAGCAGGUUCACCCCGACACCGGCAUCUCCUCCAAGGCCAUGAGCAUCAUGAACUCGUUCGUCAGCGAUAUCUUCGAGCGCAUCGCGGGCGAGGCUUCCCGGCUGGCUCAUUAUAACAAGCGAUCGACCAUCAGCUCCCGGGAGAUCCAGACCGCCGUGCGCCUGCUGCUCCCCGGGGAGCUGGCCAAGCACGCCGUGUCGGAAGGGACAAAGGCGGUGACCAAGUACACCAGCUCCAAGUGAAGAGUGCGGA